UACGAGUUUUCAGAUUCAUCUCGACGGUGCUCGCGUCAAGUUGUCCCCUCGCAUUGAACAACAAUAAUCCACUCGUGUGAGAAUACUUGUGUGUUGUAACAAUUUGUGACCAUAAAGAGUUCUGUGGCCUUCAAUUCAACUUUUCAAAGCAUCUGCGUUGGAUAAAACCGAAAGAAAAACCGCAAAAAUGUCAACAACUAUCUUCAUCUAUGCCGUGUGCCUUGCAUUAGUUGCCAAUUUCAUGUCAGUGAGUGCCAUUCGGUGCCACCAGUGCAACACGCAUGACAACGAGGACUGCGGUGGUCUGGUGGUCAACACGCCCCGUGCCCAGAGGGACAACCAGUACCUGAAGGACUGUGCCCCGCCCAGUGGCAAGGAGGCUUUCUGCCGCAAGACGGUGAUCAAGUUCGAGGCGAACAAUGAGCACAGGAUCGAGAGGGGCUGCGGCUUUAUCGAGGAAAAGAUACAGAACGCCUGCUUCACGGCCGACAACGAGGGCUACAAGCAGAUCAUCUGCACCUGUGCCGACGAAGGAUGCAAUGGGGCCAAGUCCUUGAUGGGAGCUCGCCAGGUGGCCUACAGCCUGGUCGGCUCGGUGGUCAGUCUGGCACUGGCCAGCGUCAUCAGGCAUUAACUUAGCAACUCUAGCAUCCGCAUCCCGAAGCCUGCAUUCAUAAAAAAGUACCUUAGCCCAACUGUUUACACUAAGUCUUUAAUAUUCUGCACUAAGUUCUUUGAUGUUUGCCAUAUUUUUAGCUAUGUACACAUCCCAUUUGUCUUGGCAGCUGUUGUGCGUUUAGUCUCGUAUUUCGUAUUUGUAUUUAAUUUCUAUGAAAAUAUAAGCAUUAUAUUUAACUGAA